UUAUUGAUUGUCUUCAGUUGGUUGAUUGCCUUUUGGACCUGUAAGGAGGAGCGAGCAACUCAAGGCAUAACAUAUCAGGGGUUACUGCUUUUCUCACCUCCCUCUCUUCCUCACAUCACGACGCAAGAAUUCCGCUCGCUGGACAGCUGCAAUAGAUACUUGGUCACUUUCCCUGCCCUUUAGCUCCACCAUGUCACUUGCGAGGAAGCGCAAGACCGAGAGGACUGAGAGUUCGCCUUUGCCUGCUCAUACGCAACAGAGCUCGGAAGAUGAAAAGCGACGACCAUUCAAACCUCUCCCACCACCUCCUUCCCUGCGGGCCGAGCGUUUUCAAUCUCUCAUCACUGCGACUGCCUUGUUCGUUGGAGCGUUCGCACUUCGAUUCUGGCGAAUCUCUCAUCCUGAUCAAGUAGUCUUUGACGAAGUUCACUUUGGAGCUUUUGCAGGUCAAUACCUUCGUCGAGAGUAUUACUUUGACGUCCAUCCUCCACUUGCAAAGAUGUUGAAUGGACUUGCGGGAUACCUCGUAGGAUUUGAUGGAGAAUUUGGAUUUGAUUCGAUCGGAGACAGUUAUACAGAUCACAAGGUCCCAUAUAUUGGCAUGAGAUCCUUUUGCGCCAUCAUGGGCAGUAUCACUGUUCCUAUCGUUUACGCCAUCAUGAGGGAAUCAGGAUACCCCAUCGGUAUCGCUUUGUUCUCCGCCUGGCUCGUCAUGUUCGACAACGGACACAUUACUCAAACCCGAUUGAUCCUCCUUGAUGCCGCUCUCGUCCUCUUCAUGGCUCUCUCCCUCUACUGUUACGUCAAAUUCCAUCAACAGCGAUACCGCGAGUUCUCCACUUCAUGGUGGUUCUGGCUCGUCGCAACUGGUGCAAGUCUUGCCUGUACCCUCGGAUGUAAGAUGGUCGGUUUGUUCACAUUUGCAAGUAUCGGCGUGGCUGUCCUCUGGGACUUGUGGAUGAUCAUGGAUAUCAAGAAGGGACAUCCGAUGUCGUACGUCUGGAAGCACUUUUGGUAUCGUGUCGUUGGUCUCGUCGUCAUCCCGUUCAUCAUCUACCUAUCCUUCUUCUGGAUCCAUUUCAAGAUCCUCAUCUACUCUGGUCCUGGUGACACAUUCAUGAGUCCGGCAUUCCAAGAGACUCUGCAAGGCAACGAGUUGCUGCUCAAUGCACAGGAGAUCCGAUACUUUGACACUGUCACUAUCAAGCACAAGGAUACCAAGGCCUUCCUGCACUCGCAUGAAGCAAACUACCCCUUGCGGUAUGAUGACGGUCGAAUCAGUUCUCAAGGCCAACAAGUCACAUGCUACCCUCACAACGACACCAACAAUCACUGGCAGAUCCUGCCAACGAGGGAGAUCCCAGAAACUGGCCGAGGUCGUGUCGUCCGACAAAACGACGUGAUUCAGCUCUUGCAUGUCGGCAGUAAUACCAUUCUGUUGACUCACGACGUCGCUUCACCCCUCAUGCCCACAAACCAGGAGUUCACGACCGUCUCGAAAGAGGACGAACCGAAUCGCCACAACGAUACCUUGUUCCAAGUCCAGAUUAUUGAUGCCCACGAGGGGGAAGCUUGGAAAUCUUUGGCUGGCCACUUCAAACUCGUUCACAUCCCUACAAAAGUCAAUCUUUGGACUCAUCCUACCCACCUGCCAGAAUGGGCCUUUGGACAGCAAGAAGUCAAUGGAAACAAGAGUCCAAACGACAAAUCCAACGCAUGGUUCGUCAACGAUAUCAUCUCGGAUGGUACCGGCAGAGACUUCAAGAACAGAACGGCCGUAGUCGAACAGAAACAGAUCAAAACUCGAUCUUUUAUCAAGAAAUUCGUCGAGCUUCAGAUCCUCAUGUUACAGCACAACGCAGGAUUGACCAGCGAACAUCCCUACGCCUCUAGUCCGGUCGAAUGGCCUUUCUGUCUCAGUGGAAUCAGUUUCUGGACGGAUGGGAAGACCAAUCAACAGAUUUACAUGAUUGGGAAUCUGAUAGGAUGGUGGAUCUGUGCCGUGUCUGUCUCGGUUUUCAUCGGGAUCUUGGGAGCUGAUAUGUUGGCGAGAAGAAGAGGGUUGGAUCCCAUUGAGGAUGGCAUCCGCAACAGGAUGUACCGCAAUACUGGUUUCUUCUGCGGAACCUGGGCGUUCCAUUACUUUCCCUUCUACCUCAUGGCUCGUCAACGAUUCUUACAUCACUACCUCCCUGCUCAUCUCGCUUCUGCCCUCAUCGCAGGAUCGGUCCUCAACUUUAUCCUUGUCGAGACUGUCAAUUACCCCAUUUCCGUGGCGGGUCAAGCAACUCGACUGAGACCCAUGGUCAGGGCCAAAUUGAAUGACAAGGCUUUGGCGGUAUUGAUGGGUCUGUUAUUUACCGUCGUGGGUAUAUGGGCAUACACUGCGCCUUUCACGUAUGGCUUGACCCUUACGGAGACUCAAGUCAGUGCGAGAAAAUUGUUGUCUACUUGGACACUGCAUUUCGAAGCCAAGGAAAACUGAUGAGAGUGGGGAGCACUGAAUGGAGCAUAGCUGCCGGCUGCAAUGUGAUGCCUCACCUUGAGCCAGGCAUUCAUGAGAAGAAAAAGCACUACCGACCUGUCAUAGA